UCGACAUAAUUAAUUGCUAUUAAUAUUUAACUGCUCGUUAACUUGUCAUUGACUUUUAUUGGAUGGCCAAUUUCAUGCGAAAUAAAAUUAUUAAUUACUGUUGUUAAAUGGGCGCCUAACCACCUAAAACUACACCAAACAUUCUAAGUAACGCACAGACAAUAAGCAAAGCCAAAAUUUUAUUUACAAUAGAUAACUUAGCAUAGUACAAUGAGUCUGGACUCCCCGUCGGCAGCGAAGAGGCUGAACCUGGAUAAGGCGACCAACUUCAUGAGGCAGUACCGCGACCCUGACUCCAGGGAGCUGAAGAAGCUGUCGGCCAACCAGUUCAUGGAAAUAUGGAGUCACUACGAUGGAGACGGGAACGGCUACAUCGAGGGAACGGAGCUGGACGGGUUCCUGCGGGAGUUCGUCUCCAGCGCCAACUGCACAGACAUCAACCCGGAGGCGGUAUCUGACGAGAUGCUGGUGGAGCUGAAGGCCUGCUUCAUGGAGGCCUACGACGACAACCAGGACGGAAAGAUUGACAUUCGGGAGCUAGCUCAACUUCUGCCAAUGGAGGAGAAUUUCCUCCUGCUGUUCAGGUUCGACAACCCUCUGGAGUCCAGCGUGGAGUUUAUGAAAAUCUGGCGCGAGUACGACACCGAUGGCAGCGGGUACAUAGAGGCUGAUGAGUUGAAGAACUUUCUACGGGACUUAUUGAAGGAAGCGAAGAAAAUAAACGACGUUUCAGAAGAUAAACUCAUAGAGUAUACGGACACAAUGCUCCAAGUGUUCGACUCCAACAAAGAUGGCCGACUACAGUUGUCUGAAAUGGCGAAGUUGCUGCCGGUGAAGGAGAACUUCCUGUGUCGGCAGGUGUUCAAGGAGGGCAUAGAGGGGGCCACGAAAUUAACGAAAGACGACAUUGAGCGGGUGUUCUCUCUCUACGACAGAGACAAUAAUGGCUCAAUUGAAAAUGAAGAACUCCGCGGUUUUCUAAAAGAUCUAUUGGAAUUAGUGAAAAAAGACUACGACGCGCAGGACCUGCUGGAGUUCGAGGAGACGAUCCUCCAGGGUGUGGAGUACAGCAGCGAGGGGAAGAUCAGCCGAAAGCAGCUGACCAUGAUCCUGCUGGCGCUGGCCAAGCACAACCAGGAGGAGGAGCCGGCCACGCCGUGAGCGGCCCCGCGCGCCCCACACACUCCGUCCUAGUAUCCGAACGAAUUAAUUGUACUAUCGAACAAAUUUAUUCCUAGGCAGUUGACGACCUACGUCAUUUGGUAGGGUUAUGUCAAUUCAAUAUUAGUCG